GCUGGGCAGGUUUCAGCCCGAUCACAUGAAAGCAGUCCUUCCUCUUUCGAACUAAACCCCCGUCUACAAGCUCCGCGGGGACACACACACUGACACACUCAGUCACAAAGGGGCGUAUUGGAACCCGUUCAACCUCACAGACUGAACUGCAACUGGAACCAAGAGGCGGGUUUUUCGACAGCCGGAGCCAGAAAAGAGAAGCAGAAAUCGAAAGACUUCGUGUGGAUCCCUCACCAGCGCCGAGGUUUGAAAAGCCAAAUCUUCCCCGAUGCUCAGAAACUGAACUGUGGCCGGCCGACUUCCACCGAUUUGUAAAGAAGAGGCGUCUUCACUAAUAGUAUGGCUCCAACGUUUCGCGCGUGGCUCCAGUCGGCGUUGACCCUGCUCGCGAUGACCUUCCCCAGGUCCUGCAGCUCCCUGCCGGUUUCCCAGAGAUCCGGCAGCGGUAUCCAGGAGUGCAGGAAGACUCUGGCCAUGCCGGUGCUGGAGGUCCUGCCAGGCGGCGGCUGGGACAACCUGCGCAACCUGGACAUGGGCCGGGUGAUGAACGUCAGCUACGCCCUGUGCCAGACCACCGAGGACGGCGCCUACCUCAUCCCGGACGAGGUGUUCGUGGUGCCGCAGAAGGUCAGCAACGUGGAGACGCACUCGGAGCUCAUCGAGAGCUGGCUGCAGCAGAGCAGCUCGGUGGCCCGCUCUAUCAACGCCGACGUGUCGUUCCUGGGCGUGCUGAACGGCAAGUUCUCCGCCGAGAGCCAGAGGAUGAAGACGCACCAGGUGCGCGAGAGCUCCGUCACCACCCGCGUGCAGGUGCGCAACUUCAUGUACAGCGUCAAGGCCCACCCGGGCUUCUCCUUCGACUCGCGCUUCAGGCAGCAGGCGGGCGAGAUCGCCGAGGCCCUGGAGAACAACCAGACGCGCCGCGCGGCCUUCCUGGCCGAGAUGCUGGUGCUGCAGUACGGCACGCACGUCCUGACGGCGGUGGACGCCGGCGCCAGCCUGGUGCAGGAGGACUACCUGCGCUCCUCCUUCCUGUCCAGCAGCCAGUCCGAGGGCUUCUCCUUCAGCGCCGCCGUGGGCCUCAACUUCUUCAACAAGGUCAACGUGGGCCUGCACGGGGGGGGGAAGGAUACGGACUCGCUGACCAAGGCCUACCAGGGCAACGUCACCUACUCCGUGACCCAGAGCCAUGGCGGGGCGCCCUUCUACCCCGGCAUCACGCUCCAGAAGUGGCAGGAGAGCACCGCCAACAACCUGGUGGCCAUCGACCGCUCCGGCCUCCCGCUGCACUCCGUCCUGAACCCCGCCACCCUCCCGGAUCUGCCGGCGCCGUCCGUCCGCAAGCUGGCCCGCGCGGUGCGGGACGCCGUCAGGCGCUACUACACCGUCAACACCCACCCGGGCUGCGUCAAGCCCGACUCCCCGAACUUCAACUUCCAGGCCAACGUGGACGACGACUCCUGCGAGGGCCCCGCCACCAACCUCAGUUUCGGGGGGGUGUACCAGCGGUGCGCCCCGCUGAGCCCGGACGCGGGGCCGCUCUGCCGGGUCCUGGAGCAGAAGAACCCGCAGACGGGCUCCCUCGGGUGCCAGCAGCCCUACAGCCCCACGCUCCUGCGCUCGGAGGUGCGCGAGGAAAGCUACAGCCGCCUGGAGUGCCGCAGGGAGUGCCAACGCUGCUGGCUCAUCCUCUCCUGCUGCGAGCAGGUCUGCGGCGACGCCUACCGCGUGCGCCGGGCCCAGAUCGACACCUACUGGUGCGCCACAGAAGGGCCCGCGCCCCCCCUCUCGGGCUUCCUCUUCGGGGGGCUGUACGGGCCCUCCCAGCAGAACCCCUUCACCAACUCCCAGGCCUGCCCCCCGGGCUUCCUCGCGCUCACCCUGCUGUCCGACGGCCUGAAGAUCUGCCAGAGCGCCGACUACGAGGUGGGCGCCCGCUUCGCCGUGGACUUCGGGGGGCUGUUCAGCUGCGAGGCGGGCAACCCCCUGGCGGCGGGGCGCCCCCGCUGCCCGGCGGGCUUCAGCCAGCACGUGGCGGCCGUGAGCGACGGGUGCCAGGUGCUGUACUGCGUGCGCUCGGGGGUGUUCAACGGCGGCGAGCUCCUGCCCGUCCGCCUGCCCCCCUUCACCCGCCCGCCCCUGGCCGGCCUGGGCGCCACCAACACGGUGGCGGUGAUGAUGGAGGGCGAGAGGUCCUGGAUCAGGGACGGCCAGAGCCGCCUGUGGAAGGUCGCCUCGCCCGGCCAGCUGCAGAAGAUGGCGGAGGUGUUCGACGGGUCCCCGCGGGGCCUGUCGGGCGGGGAGACGUUCGGCGUGGUCCUGGGGGCGGCGGUGGCGCUGGCGCUGGCCGCCGGCGCGGUCGCGUACGGGCUGAAGCGGCGGCGCAGGUGGGGCAGGGGGUCGCAGCGGGGGUACGACCAGAUUCCGAGCGAGCAGGCCCAUGGGGCAGCAGGGCCCGACGAGGUGGCGGAGACAGAGAUGGAGGGGGGCGGCAGCGGAUCCACUCAGCCCCUGUUGGCUUGAGGGUGUCUGAACGGGACUUCCCAAGCACUUCCUGCAAAACCCUGGUUGACGUUUUUCCCCCAUUAAUAAGUUUGCUACAGAGCGGAACGGU